GCAAUAGGUAAUUUAGAGCAGCGUGCCGGGCGGGAAUGUAAGAUGGCGGAGUAGUAACGUCAAGCGUUCGGUGCAAGUGCCUGGGUCGGCUUAGGUUCCCGUCUCCACAGCAGCAGUGAUCGCUGAGCGAAGAGCGCCUAGGGUAGCUGCCGAAGAUGCCGAAUAUCAAAAUCUUCAGCGGCAGCUCCCACCAGGAUUUAUCCCAGAAGAUUGCCGAUCGCUUGGGCCUGGAGCUGGGCAAGGUGGUGACUAAGAAAUUCAGCAACCAGGAGACGUGUGUGGAAAUUGGCGAAAGUGUACGUGGAGAAGAUGUUUACAUUGUUCAGAGUGGUUGUGGUGAAAUUAACGACAAUCUAAUGGAGCUUUUGAUCAUGAUUAAUGCCUGCAAGAUUGCGUCAGCCAGCCGAGUCACUGCAGUCAUCCCAUGCUUCCCUUAUGCCCGGCAGGAUAAGAAGGAUAAGAGCCGAGCUCCAAUCUCAGCCAAACUUGUUGCAAAUAUGCUCUCUGUGGCAGGUGCAGACCACAUUAUCACCAUGGAUCUACACGCUUCUCAGAUUCAGGGCUUUUUUGAUAUCCCAGUGGACAAUUUGUAUGCAGAGCCAGCUGUCCUGAAGUGGAUCAGGGAGAAUAUCUCUGAGUGGAGGAACUGUACAAUUGUCUCACCUGAUGCUGGUGGAGCCAAGAGAGUUACCUCCAUUGCAGAUCGGUUGAAUGUGGACUUUGCUUUGAUUCACAAAGAGCGGAAGAAGGCCAAUGAAGUGGACCGCAUGGUGCUGGUGGGAGAUGUGAAGGACAGGGUGGCCAUCCUUGUAGAUGACAUGGCUGACACUUGUGGCACAAUCUGCCAUGCAGCUGACAAACUUCUUUCAGCUGGCGCUACCAGAGUUUAUGCUAUCUUGACUCACGGGAUCUUCUCCGGCCCAGCCAUUUCUCGCAUCAACAAUGCAUGCUUUGAAGCAGUAGUAGUCACCAAUACCAUACCUCAGGAGGACAAGAUGAAGCAUUGCUCCAAGAUACAGGUGAUUGACAUCUCCAUGAUCCUUGCAGAAGCCAUCAGGAGAACUCACAAUGGGGAAUCCGUUUCUUACCUGUUCAGUCAUGUCCCUUUAUAAGAGAAUCCCUUCUGAAGUUUUGAAACAUGAAAUCAACCCACCCCCUGUUUUCCCUUGGUGUUCAAUGACAGAUUUGGGAGACCCAGCUUGCUCCAGUGUAGUUUUCCACAUCCCAGAUUAGGUAGGUGAGGGUUUAGCCUAAAUUGGGAAAAGCCCGAUUGAGACUGGCUGCUGGGAUUUCCUACCCUCAUUGUCUCAUUCUGCCUUCCCUGCUGGUUUUGUGAACCUUGCAGCUUUGACUAGAGCUCAGUUACUGCAGUAUUUCAGACUUUGAAGAUUGUUGUUUAAAGCCGUUGUUUGAAUGUGACUGUGGAAGCUCAGACUCCUUUGCAUGUGAAUAAUUUAGGGUUGUUCUUUGUUCAGAACAACUCACUGCAGAGCCCGCUCAUGUGUGACAAGUUCUCUAAGUUCUGUCCUAAGUUACUGAAAGCCUUGGGCAGCCCCGAAUUUAGUCCCAAUAGUGCAGGAGCCUGCAAGGCAGGGGUAGGCGGCCCAGCUCGAGCAGCUGUCCGGUGCGGUCGUGAAAGCGGGGAAGGGGGUAAUACAGAGCAGCAAAUGAUUCUUGGGAGGAAGAAGCCUGAAGAAGCCUGAUCCAUCAUCAUCUGCUUGCCUGUGUAGCUUGGCUUUUCCUCUACCUAGGCCUUUCUAUUUGGCUUUACCUACAGUCAUUUUGACCUUUUCCUGGCCAAAUAUCCCCUCGUAGCCAAAUGACUGGCCUCCUGUUUUGUCACCGUUAACAUUCACAUUAGAUAAUGUGCUAUAGCUUAAUCUUCCUUAGCCUGCUGCCACCGUGGUAGGUUUUAGGUGGUAUCGUAUAGUGCCUUUUGAGUAAUUUAAGUACUUAAUUUUCACCUGCCCUCCUUGGAUCCGUUUGGCCUCUCAUGACCUGGGAUUUCUGUUAAAAAGAUUGAUGUUAUUGUCUCUUGUAGAGGAAACUAAUGAAGUGUGUGUGUGUGUGUGUGUGUGUGUGUGUGUGUGUGCAUGACUUUGGGUCUGUGUCAUGUCUGCAAUGAUUUCUCUGCUGAAGGUUUAGUUUAGAUGUCUUGUCCAGUGAUAGCUCAUAUUUCUUGGUUUCCAAAUUAUUUUAGCUACCUUAUUAGCCAAGGGAAAAUAAGAGUAGUUUUAUUAAAAUGAAAUACUUUAAGAUAUGUAGAGUAUACUGAGAACUAGACAUAGUCUAAUUCUGUGCAGUAUAUCUGAAUUAUAAGGUAUAUAAUACCUGCUGGAUCUCUAGUUCUUACUUCUGGUGGCCAAAAUUAAUAUUUAGGUAUUUGGUUACAAGAGGAGAAUAGUUUCCACAAUUUAUUCAUUUCAAUCCAACUUUGCCAGGUAUAAUUGCUCUUCAUCAGUAGCUGACGUCUGGCAUUUCAUUUCAACCCUUCUAAAUAAAAUCUGCUGUGACACCCAGUAUGGUGGCUCAUGCCUAUAAUCCCAGCACUCUGGGGCUCAGGCAGGAGUGGCUGAGGUAAACUAUGAAAUAUGUGCCUCUGGGCCUCUGGGCCUUUUUCCGCUCAAAUCUUUUGCUGUGGACUGGGAGUGUACCUUAGUGGUAAAGCAUUUGCCUGGCAUGCACCAGGCCCUGGUGGUUUUUUCUUGUUUUUUCAGACAGGCCCUGGGUUUUGACCCCCAACACAGUAAAUAAAAAUAAAAAAGUUGACUUCGAAUCUUUGCUCUGGAAAUAGCUCACAUGGAAUGUUGAUCCCCUUGCUAGCUGGUUAUGCUAUUUCCUGAAGUGGAUCGGUUGGUCAGGCUUUCUCCUUUCAGGAUACAGUAGUUGCCCCCUUUGCCACAGGGGGGCACCAUCCAAGCAGCCCCCGGGGUUUGCCUGAAACCAUGGCUAGUGCCUGGCCCUAUAUACAGUAUUUUUUCCUUAUAAAUAUUUAUCUAUGAUGAAGUUUGAUGUACAAGUUAGGCACUGUAAGAGAAUAAUAAUACUGGUAAAAUAGGAUGAUUACAACUAAUAAAAUUGCCAACACCCUCAUUCCUGUGCCUUGGGGACAUUAUCAGGUAAAGUACGUGUUACUUGAAUAUGAGUACUGUGGUAUAGAAACAGUUGGUCUGAUAACCAAGGCUAAGGGGCUAGUAGCAUCUACAGUGUGAAUGUUUUAGACAAAGGGAUUAUUUAUGUCCUAGGCAAGCCUGGGAAAGCUCGAGAUUUCAUCAUGUUACUCAGCACAGCAUGCAAUAAAUUGUAAAUUGUUUUCUUUCUGGAA